AUGAGACGAUCCAUAUUCCUAGCCGUUUCCUUAUUUAUAGUUGUUGGAUAUUGUCAAGAAAAAGCUGAAGUCGAUAUCCGAGUAUCUGGAGCAUGCUCACCAAGUUAGUAACGUUUUCAGAAAAAUUAGAGUUUGGUUGGGUAACAUUGGUUUUUCAAAUUUUUUUUUUGAAACAUGGUAUUUCAACCUGCAAAAGGCUCUAAUAUAGGAUUUUUUUCAGCGAGUGAAUCGGUUCCAAGUAAAUUAGAAACACAUAAAAAAUUAUUUAUGCUAGAAGUCUGACAUAACCGGUUAACAUAACAAUCUAUUUUCACCUGAAAUUGUGUUCAAAAAAAAUACAGAACAUUCUCUGAAACUGCACGUAAAACUUCAACGUAGGAUUAUUCUGUGCAUUUUUUUCAGAAUUUUGUUUAAAUGUUUCAAAUUGAGAAGUUCCACUAAACUUUAAAAAUUAUAAAAUCACGAUUCCAUCUUUAUCGUUCUCACAUCAUUCACCAUUCACAAAACAUCAUUUGACAAGACACCCAAAUCCAAAUCCAGUUUGUUUUUCUCAAUCAACCAAAAAACACAGAUAUGAUCAGUUUCAACAGGUGACGGUUCUGCUAACUUUAAAAUUCCAGUUUUUUUUCAAAAUAUCAUAUCUCACAUUCAGAAAAAAAAACAAUUUUCAGUAUAUCUAUCAAGAAAAGGGAUCGACAUUAACAAAUAUCGACCAAGCAUUCGAUUCAAUCCAGAUAAGAUUCAAUUGAUUCCAAAGAACCCAGUGAUUCCAGGAUGUAUCAAAAUCAAGGCCGAAGGUAGAGCUAGAAAAUGUUUGGGGCCAAAAAAUAUUAAACUUUUUCAGGUGUCGAGAUCACAAGACCUACAAAAAAUUUGAUUGCUGAAGUUGAGAUGAGAAUUGGUGGAACUCCAGAUCCAAACAAUCCAGCUUUGCCAUGUUCGAAAAAAAUCGAUGAGAAAGUCAAUCAAUGUCCGUGCGCUAAACUUGAAGGAUCAUGGUAGGCCUAUUUUUUUUUAACUUUAUUUUUGAUUCGAGUUUCAUGAAAUAAUUCUUCCAGUGUAUUUUGCGACUUCUGCAAGCAAUUAAAGGCACAGACUGCAAAGAUCACGGCAAGCAAGUCAUCCAGAAACGAACACAAAUCAAUUGACGAUGAUUGCAAGUCAGUUUUUUCCGGGUUUUUUUUUCGACAAAUUUUUUGUUUCACUUUCCUUUUAACCGGAUUUUUUGAGAGCAAAAUAAUUUUUGUUCGAAAUUUAUGAGAGAGUGUACUUUUUUGGGAAUAGAGAGUUAAAGUGAAAGUUUUGGGCAAUAGAUGAGAGAAAACAAGGUCAACUUGAAAGUGAUAAUAAUCAAAAUCGGGGAGAGCGGGAAGAUGAUGCGAGAUUUGAUAGUAGGGAGAAAUAAUAAUAAUAUUGAUGGAUUUUUGUGUUUUGGAAUUUUUCGGGAAGAGGAAGAAUUUAAAAAUAGUUCACAAAUCUGAAAAACUAAUAUUUCUUUCUCGAAAUUGAGAAACGUUUUCAGAAGAAAAAUUGAGAUUUUUGAAGUGUAGAAUCUUAUAAUAAUCAGUCUGAUUAUUGUUCGAUUUUUGGAGUUUGGAUAAUGUCGGUUUGAUUUCUAGUGAUAUCGGACUACGUUAAUAAAUUUUUAUCAAAUUUUUCUCUGUUAAUAAAUUUUUAUUAAAAGCUAUAACCAGAAAAAAUGAAUAUUUUUUCAACUAAAAUCUUAACCGAAUCCUAAUAUUUUCCAGAUGCGAUGAAAUGCCACCAGGUCUUUACGAUAUUGAAACUGAGAUGUGUACUCCAGAAAUCGACGAUGUCAAAGACUACAUUCCUCCAGAAAUCCAAAACAAUAUUUUGGAAAAAAGACCGGUAAAAACUUUUCUCUAACUAUAGUAAAUACCUUUCAAUGUUCUUUUAGAUCUCAAUGUUCAUCACGGUAUAUUUAAUGGAUAUGGAACCUCGUUCAUCAAAAGAAUCAUAUCUAUCAGCUUUUGGAAAAGCUAUCCUUCAAAGGAGGUAAUUUUCCCGUUCACACCCAGUUUCUUUUUGAAAAAAAACCUGUUUUUUUCUAGGAUGGCACAAAGUACGGUUGCUUGUUUCUUGCUGGGAAUUGAUGUUAAACUGGCUCUUCCACAAUUCGAGUAA